UCAGUACGAUAAACAAUUUUAAAAAAAACACAUGUUAAUUAAACAAUCGAACAUUGUGAAUGUUUUAAAAAUUAAAAUAUAAUAGUUCGGUUCAUCAGUUAUGGGUGUUCAUGAAAUUCACGGUUUAAAAUGUAUAAUAUUGUAUUUGCACGAUAAUCGGACUUGUUGACUCUUGACAUUGAGAUCAAUUCGCUAUCGUAAUUCGUAAUCCACUUGCCGAUCAUAACCACGGAUCAGAAAACACGGUCGAAGAAAUUUUAGAAUUAAUUCUCUUAUUGAAAAUUUAGAAUACAGUUUAAAGAAUAAAAAUAUAAACAAUACUGAUAAAUUGAACUUAUGAUCAAGAUUUAAGCUAAGUACAAUGGAUCACUUACAACAAGGUUGGUUCACUGAGUCCGAUACAUGGCCAGGUGCUGGUCUUUCAUUACAAGUAGAAGAAGUGCUUCACAAAGAAAAAUCCCCUUAUCAAGAUAUCAUGAUAUUGCAAACCAAGUCAUUUGGAAAAGCUUUAAUUUUGGAUAACAUAAUCCAGUGUACAGAAUUUGAUGAGUUUUCAUACCAAGAGAUGAUAAGUUUCUUGCCACUCUGUAGCCAUCCUAACCCAGAAAGAGUUUUGGUGGUGGGUGGUGGUGAUGGUGGUGUUGCACGUGAAGCUGUUAAACAUCCAAAAGUUCUUAGCGUUGAUGUUGUUGAAAUUGAUGAACGAGUAGUGAAACUUUCAGAACAAUAUUUACCAUUUAUGGCUUGUGGAUUUAAACAUGACAAGGUUACACUACAUAUUGAGGACGGGUUUGAGUUUAUGAAAAACAAUGCCCAACGAUUUGACGUAAUCAUUACAGAUUCUUCAGACCCCGUUGGUCCAAAUGAGUCAUUAUUUCAGAAAACGUAUAUUGAAUCAUUGAAAAGAUCUUUAAAACCUGGUGGUAUCAUAUGUUCCCAAGUUGGAUCAAUUUGGAUUAAAGAAGAUCAGGACACAAUGAUCAGAUUAUCUAAAGACUGUUCAGCAAACUUUAAAAAGGUUACUCUAGGCACUAUAUCUAUCCCAUCUUAUCCUACUGGAAACAUCAGCUUCAUUUUAGCUACAGACAAUGAGCUAGUGAAUUUCAAAGUACCAGCAUAUAGUUUCACACUAGAAGAACUGAAUGAACACAAACUCAAGCAUUACUCACCAGAUGUACAUUCUGCUUCAUUUAGUAUUCCUAGAUUUGCUCGCAUGAUUAUUCCACAUAUUAAUUGUUAAUGUUGUUUUAUUCUUUCAAUAUAACCACAUUUAUGGAUUUAAUUUUGUCAAAUGCCACUUAUUUGUUAUGCUUGCAACUAAACUACCUAUUUAAAAUAAUUUAAUAUUUAUUAUACAACAAAUAGUAUUAAAUUGUAGUUUUUAGUUUUUAAAUCACAUGUUCUAUUUUGUAUCCUAACCACAUGUGAUCAAUCUAAACUAUUUAUUGUUCAAUUAAUUGAUUCUCAUAUGUUAGUAUUAAUAAUUUAAAAUUACAAAAUACAUAGAAAUUAUAAAAAAAUUGAUUUUUUAUUUUA